AUGGCCUCCCGCCAUGAAAUAAUAAGUGAGGCGGAGCGUACUUUCCUGAGCAUUGGCUUGGGCGAGGAGACUGCAAAGUUCCAGCUGGGGAGGCUGGGCUACUUUUGUAUUGACCCAGACGUCAAGGCCGGGUCAGCUGUUUCUGAACCGCAUGCGCACCUGCACCCUGAGGGAGGUGAAUACGGCGGCUGUGAAGGGCGCAUGCAUGAGUAG